AUGGCUGGUCUAGGCGGCUCUAAGGCUGAGCCGCCGCCUACAUCAACUGGGGGAUGGGAUUUCCUUCUCAAACCCUUUGGCCGACCAACAGACGAGAGGAGUUUACCAACAUCGGAGCCCGAUCAAAUCCUCAACUCGAAACUGGAAGAGGAGCCUUCAAAGACUGUAAAAUCUGUUGGUGACGAGGACUCCAGGAGGGCUGUCAUUGGACUACCCCGAGCUCAAACCCUCAAGAGGCGGUUGUCGGAACAGAGGGUUAACUUAGAACCUGUGCUUCCCACACCAGAUGAACGAAGAGCUGCGUCAGAGGACAGGCGAAGCGCACAAUCAUACAUGGGACAAGCCAUUUUGCCACAUUGUAGCCCUCGUUCAACUGUCCCUGGAACUUUUAGCCCCUCUACCUCAUCACUCAACGGCUAUGGUUCAGAUUUAUCUUCUCAAUUGCCAAGCGACCCCGGCCAUUACGAGCUAUCUAACCACAUCAUGGAUCAAGAACAACUUAAUUUGGAAAGUCGCUGUUACGACGGAGUGCCGAAAGAUGCAGCGUCAGUAGCUGACUCGAUAGACGAAGCCACGCUUGCAGAAGAGUUGACACAAAAAUGGAUUCUGAACCUGAGUAUGCACUUUCGUGAUGGAUCAAAACGCGAAAAAUUCUUUGUCACGUACCGAGAGAAAGAAUACCUUUGGAGAAGAGUCACAAUCUCUCUCGAUUAUCGCAGCGUUCCACCCAACUCUCUUGAAUGGAAGCUGUCUCAUACUAGCGAACAAAGAGAAAAGAACGCCAAGAUAUAUGAAGCCAUCCGUGGGAGCAUUCCAGUCAUCCGAUUUUUCGAUACCGUAACGAAUUUGAAACUUCAAACAACAGACGACCGGCUACAUAUCCAUGUUGUCGAGGACUUGAAUGAGGUCAUCCACUUCCCUACUGCUGAUCAAGUCAAGCACCUUAAAUGUGACUUCUUUCGGGAAAGUGACAUCGUUUUUGACUCUCAUCUGUCGGGCUUCGUUUACAAAGUUCAUGUCGAUGGAAAAGCCCUAAUUAAGAAGGAAAUUCCGGGCCCUGAGACCAUGGAGGAGUUCUUGUACGAAGUCAACGCACUCGGUAAUCUGCGCGAUUCUAAAGACAUCGUUCGACUUCACGGACUUGUUAUUGACGACUUCAGUGACCAAAUCAAGGGCCUCCUCAUCACAUAUGCUGAGAAAGGUUCCCUGCUGGAUGUAAUAUACGAUAACUGCAAGGAACGGGAAUUGGGCAUAUCCUGGCCGAGGAGACAACGAUGGGCACGACAAAUUGUGCGAGGUCUAAAUGACAUUCAUGAGUUGGGGUUUGUACAAGGAGACUUUACGCUGAACAACAUCGUAGUCGAUGCUGCUGGCGAUGCAAAGAUAAUCGACAUAAACAGAAGAGGAUGCCCGGCGGGAUGGGAACCACCAGAAUUGAAAGUGCUCAUCGAAGCCCACCACCGCACUUCCCUGUAUAUUGGUGUCAAGUCUGACCUUUUCCAACUGGGGAUGGUGUUAUGGGCAUUGGCCAUGCUCGAUGACGAGCCAGAAGCCCAUGGGAGGCCAUUGAUGCUAGGACCAGAGAUAAAUAUUCCAGAUUGGUAUCGUCAAAUGACCGAAAUAUGCCUUGAUCCCGACCCAAGAAAGAGGCUGGCGCCAUCAGACCUCUUGAGAAUGUUCCCACCCGACAUAGAGGGACGCAAGGGAUCGACAGUUACUGCCGACGAGAGUCGCUCUUCAGAUGGAUACAGCGUCGAUUACCCGCCUCACACGCAGCAGUACAUCAAAACAGUGUCACCGUCAAAUGGCUGGCAAUGUUCUGGCAAGACUUACGUCAAUACAAGCCCAGAUAUGUACGGACCACAAUCUCCCAUGCGCGGUCGUUCGCCCCCUAGUUCACCACCUAGCGCUUUCGAUGGGUAUGAUUCGUCAGGGAAAGUCUGCAGCAGUACCUCUUGGGCAGCUAACAAAAGUGUCCGGCCCUCAUACAGCGACAUAGACGAGGACAGCACUACAGAGGCAGGAAAGGUUGUCGAUGUAGGGCUACGACCUGAAACACCCCUCUCGCUGGGGCAGUACGACAUCGAUUCGGCUGCUUAUCUCCCCACCGACAUAAGACUGGAAGAUAUCAGCCCGAAACGGUCAACAAUACCAGUUAUGGACAGAAAGCCCUCUUUGGGCGAUGGUUUGCAGACGAUAUCGACACCAAAACUGGAGAGGCAAGACACUGCGAUUCACGCCCCAACUAGGCACGACACAGCAGAAACGCAACUACCCAAAAGCACACCUAAGAUUGAGGACAGUCACUUGGCUGAGUCGCUUAGUGGGCACGUGGAUGAGCUGACGGCCGAUAUGACUACCGCAACCGAGAUGGUCGAUAUGCACACUGUUUCGGACGCACAUGAGAUUAAAACCAUGGAAAGCGAUGCAGACGGCGGUGUCUCGCUAGUGCUAGGGCAUGUUCCCACUGCUCAUAGGCUGCAGUCACACAGCGACCUCCAUUCUGAGGCCCAACAGGAUGUCCAACAAAAUAAGAGGCCUCCUGAUGUCAAUUCAUGCCGUUCAGUUGCCAUGCAAAUCGACCCCAGCAUGAAUAAGUCGACGAUGAAUACAGGGAGGGAAACGUCCACCGACAGUGCCGUGUCAAACAAACUACACACACGUUCGGCAUAUAAUCACCGUGAGGAGGCUCGAUUAGGAGAUUUUCGAAUACGCUCAUCGAUACCCGACUCUGUGUCCGGAUCCCAUCUACAUCAACGCCCGAUAUCAAUCCCCGUUGUAUUAACAGGCGUCGGCGCGGGCUUAUCCAUCGAGUACGACACGAUUGGACUCGGAAAUAUGGUUACCGUUGACGAUGAUUUCGACGCGUUGGCACGACCUGCUACCGUGUAA